CAGUUCAAUCUUGUCAACAGAAACACAACAGUAUUGUACGGCUAUGUUCAUCUUACACCCAUGUUAUGUUUUCUUCUCCGUCUUUCUCCUCCUCCUCCUCCCUGUUUCAUCUUCUCUCUCUUCACCUUCACCUGCUCUUCCCCUUCUUCAGUUCCUCCACAGUCUUCCCAAAAACAGUCAGCAAAUUCUUUCAUGGAAUCAAUCUUCUUCUUCUCCUUGCCAAUGGGAGGGAGUUUCCUGUUACUCAGGCAACACUUUCCGUGUGAAAGCUUUUAACUUUUCAGGAUUCCAACUUCCCGGUGUGUUGAACGAUUCUGUUUCCUACCUUUGUCUUCACCAGGGCUUGCGAUCCAUUGAUCUCAGUGGCAAUAACUUCACCGGAAUAAUCCCUCCGGUUCUGGAUUAUUGCGGGCAACUCGACACCAUUCUGCUCAAUGACAAUGCAUUGGAUGGUUCGAUCCCGCCGGAGCUUUUCAUGUCGAAGAGGCUGAAAAGGCUGGACUUGGGAUUAAAUUCACUUUCCGGGAAAAUCCCACCGGAGGUGAGUCUCUGCAAAAAUCUUGAAUAUCUUGGUCUGUACAAUAACUUCUUGAGCGGUGAAGUUCCCAUCGGAAUAUUUUCUCUACCCAUUUUGAAGACUCUGUACCUGAACACCAAUAACCUAACAGGAUCUUUACCAGAUUUCCCACCUAACUGUGCAAUUUCCGAUUUCUGGAUUCACGAGAAUGAAUUUUCCGGUUGUCUACCUCGCUCAUUAAGAAAUUGCUGGAACCUAACUGCAUUUGCAGCAUCUCACAAUGGUUUUGGAGGGGUGAUUCAUCCGGAGAUUUUUGCGCGUCUUUCAGAACUAGAAAUUCUCUAUCUUGAUGAAAACAAUCUUGAAGGGGAAAUUCCGGCGGCAUUAUGGGGUCUAGAGAAGUUACAAGAGCUUGUCCUUUCCGGCAACAGGCUGAACGGAACUAUCUCCGAGAAGAUGGGUCGUAGCAAUCAGCUUGUGACACUUGCACUCUCAGGUAAUAAUCUGACCGGUAGCAUUCCUAGAUCGAUCGGAAAUCUUACUGCUUUGAACUUUCUGUUUCUGUUCGAUAAUAUGCUUCAUGGGUCAUUGCCUCCUGAGCUUGGAAAUUGUAGUUCACUUCUCGAACUCAGGCUUCAAAAUAACUUCAUUAGAGGCACUAUUCCUUCAGAAAUCUGCAACCUAGAAAAUCUCGAGGUUCUUUAUUUGUUCAACAAUCAAUUUGAGGGCUUAAUUCCACAUGAAAUUGGUAAAAUGAGCAGUCUGGUGGAGUUGGCUUUGUAUGAUAACAAUUUGACGGGUAGAAUCCCCUCGGAUAUAGCUAGGUUGAAGCAAUUAACAUUUCUAUCCUUAGCUCACAAUGGUCUGACGGGAGAGCUGCCGUCGGAGCUUGGGAAAUAUUCAUCUGGCCUAUUCAAACUCGAUUUAUCAGGGAACCACCUGGAUGGACAAAUUCCAUCUGGUAUUUUCGCAGGCAACAAUCUUUCGGUUUUGAUCCUCGGAAACAACCGUUUCAAUGGAAGCUUUCCAGCUGAAAUUGGCAAAUGUUAUUCUCUGAGGAGGGUGCGCCUUAAUAACAAUCUUUUGCAGGGGAAUGUACCGGUUGAUAUGGGAAAGGAUUCUGGGAUUGUUUUCAUGGAUAUUCAACGAAACUUGCUUGAAGGUGCAAUACCAGCAGUAUUUGGUCAUUGGACCAAUCUCUCUAUGCUUGAUUUGUCAGAAAAUAGGCUUACAGGCUCUAUACCUUCCGAGCUCGGAAACCUUAAGAAUCUACAGAUGUUGAGGGUUUCGUCGAAUGGACUGAUCGGGAGCAUUCCCUCUGAGUUGGGGAGUUGCAGAAAGGUACUGAAGCUCGAUCUUAGCAAGAAUUAUCUUUCAGGAAGUAUUCCUUCUGAGAUAGUAUCAUUGCCAGAAUUGCAGAGCCUUCUGCUUCAAGAGAACAGACUAAGUGGAUCUAUUCCGGAUUCCUUUUCACCUCUUCAGAAUCUAUUUGAAUUACAGUUAGGAAGUAACGUGCUUCAAGGUCCUAUCCCUUGCAGUUUGAGUAACCUUCACCAUUUCAGUUCAGUGCUUAAUUUGAGCAACAACAGGCUCUCUGGUGAAAUCCCUGCCUGCCUCGGCAAAAUAGACAAGCUGCAGAUUCUUGAUCUCUCAAGCAACAAUUUCUCUGGUGAAGUACCAACAGAGCUGAACAACAUGAUCUCCCUUGAUUUUGUGAAUAUAUCAUUCAAUCACCUGAAAGGUGAGCUGCCAACUACUUGGAUGAAGAUGCUAGCUUCAUAUCCCGGGUCAUUUCUUGGAAACCCGGAACUUUGCUUGCUGGGUGAUGAAACUGCUUCUUGUCAUAAAAGCCUAGAGGGCAAAACAAGUCCUAGGAUAGUGGCUGGCAUAGUUACUGGUGUAGUUUUAUCUGUGGCAUUGCUUUGUGUUGUGAUAUAUGUGUUGGUAGUUCGAGCCCUUCAACAGAAACGUUACUCCGUUCUCCAUGAAUGUCAAUCAAGAACUGAAGAUUUGCCCAACGAUUUGAAGAUUGAAGAUAUAAUUCGAGCUACCGAAGGAUGGAGUGAGAAGUAUGUCAUCGGAAGAGGCAAACAUGGUACAGUGUACAGGACAGAAGGUUCAUCCAGGAAUGAUUGGGCUGUCAAGAAGGUUAAUUUGUCUGAAGCGAACUUUAGCCUUGAGAUGAAAGCCUUGAGCUUAAUUAGGCACAGGAAUAUAUUGAGAAUGGCAGGUUGCUGCAUCAGAGAUGGAUGCGGUUACCUUGUUACCGAGUACAUGCCUGGCGGAACAGUUUUUGAUGUGCUGCACCAAGGAGAACCACGGAUGGUUUUAGACUGGAAAACUAGAUACCAAAUAGCUUUUGGCAUAGCUCAAGGUCUUUCCUAUCUCCACCAUGAUUGUGUGCCACAAAUUAUCCAUAGAGAUAUCAAGUCACAAAACGUUUUGUUGGAUUCUGAAUUUGAACCGAAGAUUGGAGAUUUUGGAAUGGCAAAAUUGGUCUCUAGUUCUGAUUCAAACUCAACAAUGUCUACAAUAGUCGGAACCUUAGGCUACAUAGCACCAGAGAAUGCAUUCUCCACGCACUUGACAGAGAAAUGUGAUGUCUAUAGUUACGGCGUGAUUCUGCUGGAGAUUCUAUGCCGGAAACUGCCUGUAGACCCCUGCUUUGAAGAAAGCUUAGACAUUGUCUCAUGGUGUAGUAGAAAACUACAGGAAGAUGAAGAAUGCAUUUGCUUCCUGGACAAGGAGAUUAGUCUCUGGGAAAACAACGGGCAACAGAAGGCUCUAGAUUUGCUGGAAUUGGCACUUCAAUGCACGCAAAGAGUGGCUGAUAGAAGACCCUCCAUGAGGGAUGUUGUAGCUUCUCUUGUCAAGCUAAAUGAUAGGCAUGAAAGAACCAAAAAACAGACAAAUAGAAUCGAGGCUUCAUCUGGCUUCAAUUAAAUUUCAAAUCAACAGUUGUUUUCAUA